GGGGGAGCAAGAGGAAGAGGGAGAGGAAGAGAUGACAUCAUGGAUGAAGAUACUGGUGAGUCUGGCCUGCCCCUUAAAAUCUUUAUGCAUUUAGAAAUGAACAAAAAGCUUAUUUAACAUUAUUCUAUAAUGCUUUAACCAUUUGGAAUUUAACCAAACAUUGUAUUUCCCAAUGGCAAUAAAUUUAGAUAGUCUCAGAUCAUAACACUCAUCAUGUCAAUAAAUUGUAUAGCUGUUAAAUGAGAUAAACUCUUUAAUUCACACAUUAUACACAAAAAUACAUUAAAAAUUACGGCCACUGUCACAAUUAUCAAGGGGUUGGGGGAGCAGACUUCAAGGACUCAGACUGGAGGGAUGCAAUUUCCUGCAUACUUCACUAAAGUUUUGUAAUAUUCCAAACCUAAUCCGAGAGCAACAGAAGAGGUGCUAGGGGAAAUUUAGAUUCCCUUGACCUGUUAGUGUUAAAAAAAAUCCUUUAUAUUUAAUAUUUGCCAAAUAGUAAUACUGUUUUAUGAUUAAUUUAAUAUUUGAAAUUACUGUUUGAAUUGAAUUUUUAAAAAUCAGUCCAAAAGAGGGGCAAAUACGCUAUACUGACAAAAAAGUUAUUAAUUAAUUAAUAUAUAUUUCAUUAAUAUAUGUGCAUUCAUACCAAGAAGGUAAAAAAGUGCUAAUUGAAUGAAGAAAGAAGUUCACUUGUGAUACAUCCUGCAGGCCGCAAUAUUUAAUGUGCUGCGCUGCAUGCGAGCUGUCGGUUGCCAACCCCUAGUUUUAUCUUUAGAGCAGUGUUUUUCAACCUUUUAUGUCUCUUAAGAGGGUAAUUAGACAUCAUAUGGAUAUUGACAGAUAAAAUUGUUCCUGACACCCAAACUUUAAAAAAGAAAUUAAUUCUAGUAUUGUGAAAUUGAUGUGUCUAUCACUAAUAGUAAUAGCAUUUCAUCUUACAUUGCUGUUAAAUAUUAUUUUUUUAUUAGAUUUAAGCCUGUCAUCAAUACCUGUCAGAGGACGAGGAUCUCGUGGAGGCAGAGGAUCAAGAGGUUCUAAGAAAACUGUUGAAGAAAAAAGAUCCCUAAAAUCAUACUUUCAGCCGUCUUCCAAUUCCAUGCGGUCUUCCUUGUAAGUCAUUAUUAUGUAAAGAAAUUUAAAGUUUGCUUUACAUUAAGUGAAUGAGGACCUUGGUCGGUUGUCAGAGAUUCAUUACAAAUUCUUGAAUCUUAUCUGUCAUGUCUGUUUAUUGAUAAAGGUAUCCACAGAGCAUGGAGAGUUAUGUGUAGUAUUCCAGCAUAAAACAGUUCCCAUGCGCUAUUCAACUUUUGAAAGAAUGACAUAUGAGAAAAAUCUUAAAAUUACAUGAAAACAUUAUGUACAUGUGUACUGGCCUUUAAAAAAACAAUAAUUUCUACUUGUUCCUCAUGGACUUGGGAUUUUAUCUUUAUAAGUUUAUGUAUCAUGUUUCUAUUCAGCAGAUAACAUAAAAAGUCAAUUAAAAACUUUUGAGAGGAAAUUAAUGACUGAAAAAAAAGUCCCCUUGAUACAUCUUUCUUAUUUUGGACAAAAUUUCAAUAUAAUUUCAGCAAUCUCCCCCCUUCUACUUUAAAUUAUCAAUGAAAUUACCAAGGAAUUCCUGAAGUUGAUAUUUUUAUCUAACCUAAAGAUAUUUAUAAAUAUUGGAUGAGACCAACUGAUUAUACCAUAAUGCUCUAUAAUAAAAAUAACCAAUUUCAAUUUUAAAAUCAGGACCCCCACCUCAAUGUUGAACUUAAUUUAAUAAUUUUGUAUAUCAGUGGUCUCUAGGUGUAUAAGGCUGCAUAGAUUAUGUUAAUAUAGGAAGUGUAUUCAUUUGAGCUUAAUUACUGGUGAUAGCUAGAUUCUUUUACAAGGUGCAUGAUUCAUAACUUUAUCCUGCUUACAGUUUUUUAAACAUAAUCACUAUUUUUUAUCCCAGUACUUGCAGUAUAUCAGAGCUCAUGAGCAUCUCUAUUUUUUUUAGGGCUGAAUCAGGAGAGGAGUCCAUCAUACUCGAAGACAGUGAUGAUGAUGAUAGUUCACUGCAAUCAUCAAGCUUUAACAGACCCAGCACAGCACAGAAAGUGACGACGAAAAAGAGAGAGAUUCAGUAUGUAGAUUCAGAUUCAGAAGAUGAGGCAAUCAAUAGAAAAAGGAAGAAAUAGCAAAAUGUUAUAAAAUUAAUUCUCAUUUGGAACAGAACAUUCCAGAGGUGUGGCUUGCAGAUUUAAAAAAUUGAUUCGUUCAUUUUAGUUUGAAUGUAAGUAAAAGUGUCAGGAAUCCAGGUGCACAAUAAAAGUAAGGACUGUACAAUUUUUUAUAUUUUUACUACAGUAUUUAAACAAAUUCCAAUGGCUAGGUUUGUCGGUUGCACUACAGUAUGUAACUGCAGUUCUCGUACAUAACUUCUGGUGUUAACUAUGCUUAGGCAAAAUUAUGCAAUUCUUGUUUGACAUGCGAGGGAAAAAUAUCUUCUUUCACUAUUAUGAUUUCGCACUACUUUUAUGAUGCAAGAAAACUAUGUCUUCUUUAAUCAAUGCCUU